CAUCCUAAAAAGAUUGUUCCUUUCAAAACAUUCACAAGAGUCAGACCUUCGAGACUCUCUCAGCCACUCUUUCUUUCAGCCUUUCUAUCACUCUGACCCGAAUACCCUGACUUCAUGUCCAAUCCAGGCGGAUUCAGCAGUCAGUCCUACACUCCAUCUGGGGUCAAGCCCAAAAGCUACUCGACUCUCGAGACUAACAAGGACCUUCUCAAACCCAUAGAACGCAAGGUGGACCCCAUGGACCAAUCAGCCAAAUCCACUGAGAAGGAUCAGAUGGUCGGACUGAACGACAAGUUUGUAGCGUUCAUUGACAAGGUGCAAGAUCUCGAGCAGAAGAACAAGGUCCUCGAAACGCGUCUCAAAAUCCUGAAACAGCAGGAGGACUACAAGGGCGACGUGGACGAGGUGGUCCAGCAGCUGUCCAUUGAGCUGCAGCAGCAGAUUGAGGGUCUGACUCGGGACAAACUGAAGCUGCAGCAAGAACUGGCCCGUUGCCAAGACGAUGUGAACCAAACACGGAGGAAGUACGAGGAUGAGUUCCAGAAGAAGACGGAUCUGGAGAAUGACUUUGUGAUCAACAAGAAGGAUGUGGAUGAGGGCCACUUGUCAGCCGUGGAUUUGGCUCUGGAACUGGAGGAACUGAUGGGUGAACUGGACUUCCUUAAGCGGGGCUACGACGAGGAGCUGAAGGAGCUGCAGUCUCAGGUCCAGAAUGAGACGGUGAUCGUGAGGGAGCGCAACAACAGAGCUCUUAACAUGGACGAGAUCAUCGAAACCACCAAGAAUCAAUAUGCAGAAAUGGCCAGGCGCACUAGAGAGGAUGCAGAGCUCUGGAACCAAAAAAAGAUGGACGACAUGGUACAGACAGCAGGGAAGCAAGAGCAGGAAGCACGUGACGUGAAAAAAGAAAUCUCUGAUAUGGUCCGUCUCAUCCAGAGACUCAAGGGAGAGCUUGAGGCCCUCGUCAAACAGAAAACCGGUCUGGAAAAAGACAUAGAGGAUUCAGACUUGGAUGGUCAGAGGGAGUUGACGCAGGCCAGGGCAAACAUUACUGAGGUGGAGGACGCUCUGCGCAAGGCCAAGCAGGACAUGGCCUGCCAAGUCAGGGAGUACCAGGAACUGAUGAACCUCAAACUGGCCCUGGACAUCGAGAUCGCCACCUACAGGAAGCUACUGGAGGGAGAGGAGAUGAGAAUGAAUUACCGCAUGCGUCAGCCAAAUUACUAAAACAAACCAACCAAUGCCAGUACUUGCUUGCACGCAGACAUUGAUUCCCCGUCAAAGGUACCCCUGACCCAGAAGCCCGCCUCUAAGAAACGUCUACUGAUCAAAAUCGAUGUGAAGGCUGGCAAGAUGGUGUCCAAGAGCGUGCACUACUUUGAUGACUAACCACACCCACUGUCACUUUCAUUUUAGCAAUAAUGUGUGGUUUUGUAUUUUCUCUGUAUUUUCUAUGUAAAACACACUAUCAAGUAUUUGGCUUUACACUAUGGUGAUUGUUAGCCCAUAGACCGUUACUUUGUUAGCGGUUUGGAAAACCGUGGCAACACUCCUAUGUCCUAUGCUGUCUUUAAUGGUUUGUGGUGGGAGAAUACCUCAGAACUCUCUUGUGUAUGCAUGAAUGGGAAGGUCAUGUGCUCAAAAGCAUUACUAUGUCCAAAAUUAAAGGGAAAACGUGGUACCAAUUAAAGAUGCAGUCUCCUAU